AUGGAAGAAAGGGAUGAACCUGAUCAGCCUAUUUCAGCACGAAGGCAAGAAUUUCGAAAGAGAAGAAAACCCAGUCAACCAAUGGUAGACAAAUCCCAGCAGACUGAAGUAGCAGAGAAAAAGAGACACUUGUCUACAUCACAAUCAUCUGGCCCUAAAGCUACCCAUAGUAUUGGUAACAUUCCUGGAAGUAAAGCAAAAUAUGAUUCUCUUAGAUUAUCUUCUCAAAUUCAGAAAAGUUGGACAAAGAGAAAGCAUGGGCAGGCAAUGACUGAUGUUUCUCUGCAGACUGACAGUAUUACAGAAGAGAAAAAACAAGAAAGCAGAUCAUUUGGUGAAACAGUGUUACCUGAAGAAAAACCAGCUGCUGUUGGAGAAGCAGCCCCUGAAAUUCCAAAAAAUGUUCAAGAAGUAGAAAAUCCCCCACUCACUCACGCAAUUCAACUCAAAAUAGACAGAUCUCAGCAGACCAGCUGUACUGGAGACUGGACAAUGGUGAUUAUCCCAUGCAUAGAAAAACAUGACAAGGAACAACAGACAUUUUUUAGUGAGUCAGAAAUAGUGGUGAUUGGAAGGCCAGGUAGUUCUUUCUCAAAGGAAAGCAUGUAUAUACGCAGUUCCUCAGGGAAGAUAUUUAUUAGUGAAAAAUCUGAAUCUCAACCAACAAGUAGUAAUGAACAAAUUAGACGGAAAAGUAUGACCAGAUCGUCAUUUAGUGAGGAAACCAAAAAAGAUGCUCAGAUACAUUCAGAACACGGGCAAGACUUUUCAGAUGAAGCAUACCUUCCCAUUCCAGAAGAGGUCUCUGAAGAAGUACAGUCUCCACCAGCUGAAGAAGCUACCGUAGAGGAGACACUUGCUGAGCUUCAGUCUCCAUCAACUGAGGAGACUCCUGCUGAAGAGAUGCGUUCAGAUGAGUCUUCAGCAGCAGAGGAGGCCUCAGAAGAAGAGACCCUAGCUGAAGUUGAGCCUCCAAAAGCUGAGGAGGCCUCUGAAGAAGGGACACCAGCUGAUGUUCAGUCUCCACCAACUGAGAAGGCCCAUGAAGAAGAGACAUCAGCUGAUAUUCAGUCUCCACCAGCUGAGGUGGCCCCUGAAGAAGAGACACCAGCUGAUGAUCAGUCUCCACCAGCUGAGGAGGCACCUGAAGAAGAGACACCAGCUGAUGAUCAGUCUCCACCAGCUGAGGAGGCCCCUGAAGAAGAGUCACCAGCUGGUGUUCAGUCUCCACCAGCUGAGGAGGCCCCUGAAGAAGAGACACCAGCUGAUGUUCAGUCUCCACCAGCAGAAGAGACACCAGCUGAAGUUGAGCCUCCACCACCUGAGGAAUCAACAGAAGAAGAGACCCCAGCUGAUGUUCAGUCUUUACCAGCUGAAGAGGCCCCUAAAGAAGAGGCUUCAGCUGAAGUAGAACCUCAAGAAACUGCAGAGACACUAGUCGAAGUUCCAUCUCCAGCAGCUAAAGAAGCACCAUCUGAAGAAGUUGCUCCAGAAGAAGUCUCAGAUGAAGUUCAAACUCUCCCAGCUGAGGAGGAGGAGGCCCCAGCUGAAGCUCAGUCUCCACCAGUUGAAAGGGUUCUUGAAGAAGAUACCCUAGUUGAAGUUCAUAUUUCAGAAGAUGAGUUCCCUGAUGAGCUUCAAACACCAGAAUCUGAGGAGGCACCAACUGAAGUCCAGUCUCCACCAGGUAAGGAGACAGCUGCUGAAGAAACCCCUGUUGAACCUCACCCUCUAGCAGCUGAGGCGGCCCCAGCUGAAGACCAGCCUCCUGAAAGUGAAGAAGAUACUGUAGAAAAGGAUCCUACUGAUGAACAGCCUCCAUCACCUAAAGAGACUGAUAUUGUACAAAUACCUCUAGUAAAUUUCUCUGAUGAAGUUCAGCCUCUGUCAUUUGAACAAAACCCUGUAGAUGAGACUGUGGUAGAUAAUGACUCUACUGAUUUACAGUCUGUCCAGGCUAGAGAUGAUGUACCGGUGAUAAAAUUAGAUUCAUUGAUUGAGGAAGAUGAGAAAAAUUCUGAAGAGGCUCUAGAACCAGAUCUUCCUCCUGAAGAUUCAUCUAGUGUCCGGAAAGAUCAGACUUCUACAAUUGAAAUAGAGGGUGUCAUUGAAAUUGAGCUACAAUAA